UGCACUUUACAAGUAGGGCUGCAAAAAUGGCGGAAACAAAGCCUCGGAGUUGCACUUUCACUCUCCUAUUUCCAGCAACUCUUAUCCGGUAUCCGAGAAAAGGAGAAAGAGAUGAGAGGGCGGUCAAUUCUGCGUCCAAUUCUUUUCCGUCAAGCAUUCAGUGUCCGCUCUAUUUCAUCAUCUUCUUCUCAGAUUUCAAUUUCCAAUCUUAUAAAACUAGCCUUUCUCGAACACGAACUGGCGCUUGUUCCAAAGAACGUUGUCCCCGUUAAGACGGAAGAAGAGUUCUACACCGCAGCUAGCAAAAUUCAAGGCCAAUCCGUGCCGGCUGUUCUCUAUUUCACUGCUACAUGGUGUACUCCUUGCCGAUUCAUCGGUCCUCUCAUGGUCGAGUUGGCUCGGAGAACUCCCGAAGUAACGUUUUAUAAGAUAGAUGCCGAUAAGGAAGGUCUUGCUGGCAUAUUGGAAGAACUAAAUGUAACAUCUGUGCCAACCAUACAUUACUUUAAAGAAGGCAAAAUGGAGGAUGAAGUUGUUGGGGCUGAUGCUACACACAUAGUUCUUACAAUGAAUAGACUUUACAACAUGCGGAGGAUUCAAUCGAAGAUGUACCUGACAAAAUUGAUGCUUGAUGGCAAUUACCAAGCCUUUUCUCAAGCAAAUAAGGGAAAUGAAGGCUUGUAGGAUACUUCUCUCAUCCUUUUCAUUUAGGUAUGAUAUAUUCAUAUGUGCGGUUUGAUUUGUUAAUAUCUUUUAAAUUUCACAGAUGUAGACUAUUUUUAUGGUAAUGCGUAGGUUGAUUUGGCAUAGUUGCCUUUAAAAUUUUGAGAUUCCAUACCAGGGAUGUUAAUGGCAUAGUUGUGAUUGUAAAGCUACUCACGUACGAUUUGAAAAAAGAAUA